GAAGAUUUAUAACGUUAAAUGCUUUAAACAGUAACCAACACUCUCAUCGCUCUGGAAUGAUUCAUCCCGCUUGCCGCCGCCACAGCAGCAUAUCCAUAAGGAUCAUCAUGAGCAUUUUACGUGUCUCUUUCCUCUCAUCAUCACCGCCGCCGCUGCUCUGAUCGGCAUUGCGCUGAAAAAUGUGGAGUGGCGCAGCAGCGUGUCAACGGCGCUUCAACGGGCGAAAUUGCUAGUCGUGUUCAGCUGGAAAUUGCAAAUUAAUUACAGGAGAUCCGCAGUCCUCUCCGCUGCCUGUGCAAAAUAUCCCCGAUAUUCCUGGAUUGUUGCAGUGUGUAGGGAAAAAUCAUGGAGCGCAGCCGGACGACCAAAUCGCGUUUCCCGAAUUUGCCAUCGUUUUUGCAGUCGUCGCAGAAGAAAAAUCAGAAUAAAAUCAGCGCGCCUGGUUUAGCUAAACGUCAGACGACGGACUGGUCGCGGAAGGGUGGGGAGUAUGCGCGUCUGCCGAAAUUAUCCCCGACGGGGGAUACGAACGGGAGGAUUUCGCAGUUGUCCGUCGGGAGCAGUUGCUCGUCGGGCGACAAGGAGAAAGUGGUGUUUGACGAUGUGGAAAAUAUCCAGGCCAGUAAUGGGUUUCAUAGUGAUGACGAUAUGGAGGAUGGACGCGAGAUGGGCAACGGAACGGGAAGGAAAAAUGCUGCGAAAAGUCCCGAUGUCGUGAGCACGGAUUCCUCGCGGGUGGCCCAGCGUCUGGCCACGGUGUCGUCGCCGGUAGCCGAGCGGAAAACCGGCCGGCGUUCCUCCGCAUCGGCCUCCACGGCAGCGUCCGCCGUCGUCGUUCCCUGUGACAGUUUAAUCAGCUUUAAAAGCGAUGAUGCGCCGGAAGAAGCGUCCGUGGCGGUGAGCGGCAACGCCAGCGCGGAGGAUGCGGUGUGGAGUGGCCGCGACGAGCCGCUGAUGGAUGGGCCUAAUGGCGCAUCACCGCAUGCUAAUCACAUUAACGGCCUCCAUCUCGCUAAUGAUGCCCGGAUUAAUAGUCGGGCUCCGCGCACCAGUCUGGAGACGAUCCGGCAGCAGAUUCGACAGAUUGAAUCGGAGAUUGUCUCGCACCGGGGCUACGGCGCCUCGACGCCCGGCGACAAGGAGCACCUCUUUGGCGUCCCGGCCCGGCCCCUGCAGUCCUCCUGCUCCAGCCAGAGCAUUCCGGCCACGUUCCAUUCCCAGCGCCACCACGAUCCCGACGGCCGUUUUGGUGGCCGCGGGAACGGGGUGUACGCGGCGGACGGCCGGUGGAGUGUGGGCGGCCCGAUGCAGCGGGCGUACUCGGUGGACGUGGCGGUGGCGGCGGUGCUGAGCGACAUCCAGAGCGCCGUGCGCCGCAACAGUAUGGUGCGGUUGAAGGGCUCCACCUACAGUCUCAACGAGCAGCGACCCCCCUCGGUGCUGGGACGGGGCAUCCAGGAGGAGGAGGACGUGGUCGUCAGCGGGCCGGAGGACCCGGAGGUCAAUGGGGAUCCCGUCUGGGUUAAAAGGGAUUCCUCAGCGCAGACCGACACCCCCCACCACAACCACCACCACCCCACCAUGCCCUCCUCCCCGCCGCUCCCCUCGACGGACCGCACCCCCCUCGAACCGGCCCUGGAGAUGGAGGAAGAGGGCGACGAAGAGUCCAUGUACCUCUUAAACAGCGACCCCGACCUGGACAAGACCCCGCCCUCCCGUCUCCUGGCCCCCCGACGCCCCUCAGCCCCCCUGGCCGCCCACGAGCUGAUCGAGGGGGUCCUCUUCCGCUGCGCGUAUCUAGGCAGUACCCACCUCUUCUCCGACACCCGCCCCACCAAGGCGUCGCGAUUAACGCAGGCGCAGGAAGCGGUGACGCGGAUCAAGGCCCCUGAGGGCGAGUCGCAGCCCAUGACGGAGGUGGAGCUGUUUAUCUCCAUUGAGAAGAUCAUGGUGCUCAAUGUGGAUGUCCGGGAUGUGCUGAUGGAUCAUCCGCUGCGGACCAUCAGCUACAUUGCCGACAUUGGGGAUCUGGUGGUGCUGAUGGUGAAGCGCGGCCUGGAGGAUCUGCACUGUGAUGCGGUGAUUCGCUCCACCCAGCCCAAGAUGCUCUGCCAUGUCUUUCAGUCCGACGAGGCGUCGGUGAUUGCUCAGACGAUCGGGAACGCCUUCCAGGUGGCCUACAUGGAGUACCUGAAGGCCAACGGCAUCCAGGAUGAGCGCUAUCUCCGCCACCUGGACUACUUGGAGGUGCUCAACAGCCAGGAGAUGUCCACGCACGAACUGGAGCUCUUCGCCUCCAAGGACAAACAGAACAACGUGGUGAUUCCCAAGUCCAAGGGGGAGAUCCUGGGCAUGGUGAUUGUGGAGUCGGGCUGGGGCAGUAUGCUGCCCACGGUCAUCAUCGCCAACAUGUGCCCCACGGGACCGGCGGCCCGCUGCGGGAAGCUCAGCAUCGGCGACCAGCUCAUCUCCAUCGACGGCAUCAGUCUGGUCGGCCUGCCGCUGGCCCACUGCCAGAACGCCAUCAAGAACGUGAAAAAUCACACGGUGGUGAAGCUGACGGUAGUCGCCUGUCCGCCGGUGGUGGAAGUGAAGAUCAAACGCCCGGACACCCGCUAUCAGCUCGGUUUCAGCGUGCAGAACGGCAUCAUCUGCUCAUUACUACGCGGCGGCAUCGCCGAGCGCGGCGGCAUCCGCGUCGGCCACCGCAUCAUCGAGAUCAACAACCAGAGCGUCGUCGCCACCAACCACGACAUGAUCGUCAACAUGCUCGCGCAUUCCGUCGGCGAGAUCCAACUCAAGACCAUGCCCUCGUCCAUCUUCCGCUUGUUAACGGGACAAGACAUCCCGGUGUAUAUUUAACCGGAAAACGGGGAUUUUUCCGUCGACCCCUAAUUUUUGCGGAAUUGUGCCAGCCAAAUGAGAUUUUUUUGCGAAAUUUUUAUUACUGAACCAAUCAGCGAGUUUUGCUGAAUUUUUCCCGUCAACCGGCGAUUUUUGCGCGAUUUUUUCAACCAGUUGAGGAAUUUAUUUGCCCACCCGAUUGCCAAUUUUUGCAACAUUUUCCAACCAAUCAGCAAUUUUUUGCAGCAAAAAAACGGUGAUUUUGCGGCAUUUUUCCCGUCAAACGCCGAUUUUUCCGGCUGCGAAUUAUUUUGCCAACAUUUUCCGAUUUUCUCCGAUUGGAAAUUUUUUUAUCGAUGCGUCUUCGACCGAAAAUAUUAUUUCUGGAGCGUUUCCACAGUGCCGGAAGCGUAGAAUCUCUUCCCGAAGUUUUCGGCGGGUUUUAAGGAAUUUUAACUGUGUUUUAACGGGGUUUUGUCUUGGUGGUUUUCUUCUUCGAUUUUCUCAAUGAAUUUUUGUCUCAAGAAUGAUCAAACUAGUCACGCGGGCAAGCGACAAGAGAGGUGUUUAUUUCGG